UUCUUUUUGGAAUGCGUGUUUUUAUUUUGUUUUCCUCGAAUAAAAUAAGAAUGCAGUGGGUGGAAUAGGAGUGGGUUGUGGCAUUGGUUCGACCUUGUGAGGAGAGAAGGCUAGAUCGGUGACUAUACUCGCUGAGUGUGGCGUGGAGUCUUAGUUUGAGGUGCUCGGAGAAACCCACAUUGCGGAGGGGAGGAUAAACAUUGGGAUUGGAGCGAGCUUUGGGAUUCGGGAAUUGUCGGAGACGAUUGAUUGAUUGGUUGAUUGGUUGGUUGGUUAUCGUUUGCCCUUCGGGUCAUACGGAGUUGAUUCAAGGAUUUUGUGGUUACUCAACCUGGUGGAGACCAUAACCUAACUCAUCUGCUGAGGGGGAUAGUUUUGAGUCAUUGCGCCAGCUGAUAACGGUCGAGUAACAAACUUGGGCACAGCUAUCCUCUUUUUGAGGGCGUGGAUUGCUGGUAAGUAGUGAAAGAACCAUGUGUGGAAUUUUUGCAUAUAUAAAUUGCAAUGUUUCAAGGGAACGGCGACACAUAUUAGAGGUUUUGUUCAAUGGGUUGAGGCGCCUGGAAUAUCGAGGUUAUGAUUCGGCUGGCAUUUCGAUUGACGCUGAUGGGGAUGUUGCCUCUGCGGAGUUACACGGCUUGGCCGCACCUGGAUUCUCUCCUCUCGUUUUUCGCGAGGAGGGGAAGAUUGAAAAGCUCGUUACAAGCGUGUACAAAGAGGUGAAUGAAACCGAUCUGAACCUUAAUCAAGCAUUCACAAAUCAUGCUGGAAUUGCGCAUACGAGGUGGGCAACACAUGGUCCGCCAUCUCCUAGAAAUGGCCACCCUCAGUCAUCUGGGAACGGAAACGAAUUUCUUGUAGUGCACAAUGGCAUCAUUACAAAUUACAUGGUUUUGAAGGAAACUCUUCUGCGUCAUGGUUUUGGAUUUGAAUCGGACACGGAUACGGAGGUUAUACCUAAGCUUGCGAAAUUUGUUCAUGAUUCUUUGACCGAGGAAACUAAGUCUGGGAAUGGAGGUGGUAAAGACAUUCAAUUCAGCCAAGUGGUUAUGGAGGUGAUGCGUCAGAUUGAGGGUGCCUAUGCUCUUAUUUUUAAAAGUCCUCACUACCCAAAUGAGCUCGUUGCUUGCAAGUGUGGUAGCCCUUUACUUCUUGGUGUGAAGGAGAUAGGAGAAUCUGAGAAUAGAGGCGUGUUUGCGGAGAGCGAGCUGCGGCUAGCCGAAGACGGUGGCAAGCCGAAGGAAUUUUACUUUGCCAGUGAUGCAAGCGCUGUGGUGGAGCACACAAAAAGGGUCAUGGUGAUUGAAGACAACGAAGUUGUGCAUAUCCGAAAUGGAACAGUGCAGAUUUACAAGUUUGAAGCUGGAAAGGCAAGGACUGCAUCAGGAGGCUUGCCACGACCGGCCUCAGUUGAGCGUGCCCUUUCCAUUUUAGCUAUGGAGGUUGAGCAGAUAAAGAAGGGAAACUACGAUCAUUAUAUGCAGAAAGAGAUACACGAGCAGCCAGAUUCGUUGACCACAACUAUGAGGGGCCGAUUGAUACAGGGGGAAAAUGGCAAAGUGAAGGGUGUUCUAUUGGGUGGUCUUAAAGAUCACUUACGAACUAUCCGACGUAGUAGGAGGAUCCUCUUCAUUGGGUGUGGUACGAGUUAUCACGCCGGAUUGGCAACACGAGCCCUUGUGGAAGAGCUGUCAGGUGGACCGGUGACGAUGGAAUUGGCUAGUGAUUUACUGGACCGUCAAGGACCCAUUUACAGAGAAGACACUUGCUUUUUCGUUAGUCAGUCAGGGGAAACAGCUGACACACUUCAGGCCCUAGAAUAUGCAAAAGCUUGUGGUGCUCUUUGUGUAGGAGUUACUAAUACUGUUGGCAGUGCAAUUGCCAGAGGCACUCACUGCGGAGUGCACAUCAAUGCUGGCUGUGAAAUUGGUGUGGCAAGUACUAAGGCUUAUACGAGCCAAAUUGCUGCCAUGACAAUGAUGGCUUUAGCACUUGGAGAGGACACCCUGUCAAAUCGCAGCAGGCGUGAAGAAAUCAUUGACGACCUUUUUAACCUUCCAGACAAGGUCAAAGAAGUGUUGAAGCUGGAUAAUGACAUGAAAAUGCUAGCGCAAGAGCUCAUGAUGGAGCAGUCACUUCUAGUAUUUGGUCGCGGUUAUAAUUAUGCUACUGCCUUGGAGGGUGCAUUGAAGGUUAAGGAGGUGGCUCUUAUGCAUAGCGAGGGUAUAUUGGCAGGGGAGAUGAAGCACGGGCCUUUGGCGUUGGUUGAUGAGACCCUUCCCAUCAUUGUCAUAGCCACUCGAGACGCAACUUGCAGCAAGCAACAAUCUGUCAUACAACAGUUGCAAGCACGCAAAGGCCGCCUUAUUGUGAUAUGCUCGAAGGGCGACGCUAAUCUCAUGUGCCCGAAUGGUGGUUGCCGUGUUAUUGAGGUUCCGCAACUUCAGGAUUGCCUACAGCCCAUCAUCAACAUUGUUCCCUUUCAGCUAUUAGCUUAUCAUCUGACAGUUCUGCGCGGCUUCAACGUGGACCAACCUCGGAACUUAGCCAAGAGUGUGACGACGUCAUGACCAAUUGUACUCUGAUUGCUGUCUCUUUGAAGGACUUUUCGUAAACUGCGCAGGAACAGGGUCCAUCACAAUAGGCUGCACUUUGUUAAGAAAAAGAACUGGUUUGCUAUGGGCUCCAGUUCAAUAAUUGAAGGAAUACUACAUUUGGAAUCUCCCAUAACUUGGUCCUCGGCAACUCCAUAGUGGUUCUCAUUUCAACUCUUGCCAGAGGUUUGUCGAAGAUGAAGAGUUGAGACACUGGAAAAAGGCCAAAGAACUAGGGCUUUGUCCUUGUGAUAUAUCUUGACAUGUUCCUUCAUUAACACACGUGCAAACCAACCUCCCUUUAAUGUAGGUCUCUUUUAAGGAAGGAUUGAAACUUCAGGGGGUACUAAAUCACAGCAAUUAAAAAUGGUGGGCAUAUCGAGAAAUUAAGCCUCACUUCACGGGUGCCUUCGCUUUACAGCUUAAUAUAGCAUGCGUUGUCAGUGCACAUGUAGUUGCAAGUGGAACCCCUGUACUUUCUGUUUCCUUAGUACAAAUAAGCUUAGUAUGUGUCUCAUCAUCGAAUUAGUUCUGAAGAGCUUUUUAUGAACAUCAUGAGUAUUGGUUAUAUUCGAUGACACCAGCAGGUAGAUUGUAAUUGGACAAUACCUAUGAUUGUAGCCAUUACAGAAGUGAAGGAUUCAAUAGUAGGUAGAAGCCAGUAGGGCUUGUUAGAGUUCACUAUCCUGGAAAAGAGGGUUGUAAUGCAAUGAACUUAGCAUCCAUUUUGGAUGGAUUUAAUUUUUAUAAUGACAAAACACAUGGUGGUCCAGCAUGUUGUUUCAAAUUCA